AUGCCUGAUCUGAAUCCAACCAAUCCCAAGCCGUUUCUGCGCCAACUCGUCGACCAGUACAUUGUGGUCACGCUGAAGUUCAACAACACGCGCUACCGGGGCAAGCUUAUGUCCACGGACAACUAUUUCAACAUAAGGCUCACCGAAGCUGAAGAAUUCAUCGGCGACGUGUCGAAGGGCAUGGUGGGCGACCUCUUCAUCCGCUGCAACAACGUGCUGUGGAUCGGCGAGGACCUCACACGCGCCGAGCAGCAGCACUAG